ACGAGUCACAACUCACAACGAGCCACAAGUCCCGACCUCUCUCCGAUCCCCGCCGGCGCCGCCCCCAGCCCCGGCCGCACGACGCCCGGGAUCCUUCCGGCGGUAUGCCGCGCGGCCGCGACGAGCCGGCCACCGUGCGCGUCUACAUAGUAUGCGACGAGUCCAAGUACCAUUUCCCAGCCCUACCCCAGCAUCUCCUCCUCCGCAGCACUGCCGCUGGCUAAUCCAAUCCUUCUCCCUCCCACUCGCCGCGGACCCCAAACCAACCGCAGGUACCUCAUCGUCCGGAACGUGCCUUCUCUCGGGUGCGGCGACGAGCUCGGCACCCUGUUCUCGUCGGACGGGCCGCUGGAAGAGUGAGCCGUGCAAGCCCAUGGACGCCGAGGACUGCGAAGAGUACACCGACGUCUUCUUCAUCAAGUUCUCGCAGCUCAGCAACGCGAGGUUCACAAAAAGGAAGUUAGAUGAGUCUGUAUUUCUUGGCAACCGGUUGCAGGUGUCAUAUGCACCUCAAUUUGAGAAUAUUUUGGAUACCAAGGAGAAACUGGAAGUCAGGAGAAACGAAGUCCUUGGCCGAAUAAGAUCCUCUGUUGGAAGCAGAUCAGAACGGUUGACUCAGUAUUCUCCGUGGCAGGGAUCUUCUAGUGGGAACUUGCAUCAUCAUAUGAGCCCCAAUAAGAGGGAAUACACAAAGACACUUCAUGCUUCUCAUAUCGAAGAUGUUCGUUUCAGUCAUGUGUCCUCUAAUAAGGACUAUUUUCCAUCCGAGUCGAUGAAUGCAACUGUAAAUCUUGUGAGGCAGAAGCUUGAUAAGAUACAGUCCGGCAGUGAUGGUUCCAAUGCUGUAGCUGCGUCCAAGAAACCAAGGGUCGAUGACCGUAGGCGCAUUUGAAUCACUGGAUGGCGUGGAGCACGCGUUAGGAAUUAUGUGGCUUACUCCACUUUGUAGCUUUCGUUUUGUGCAUCGUCCUACUUGAUUCUUAGAAGUUAGAACUGGCCAGCUGAGAUUGUUGUACCAGUCUUUUCUCUUUAUGCAAAUGCCAAUUUUCUUACCUGAUACAACUUUGAAUUUUCGCACCUGAUACUUGGUCUUUGUAAAAAAGAAAGAAAAGGCCACUGAAAAGUAA